GUGAUAAAAACAGUGAUGAUGUUCCCCGCGGUGGAGGCGGUUUGGCGGGUGCCGAAGUUGUGGCUACUGCACAUCGCCGCUCAGGACGUCUUUGCCGGAGACUUCGGUGGCUGUCUUCUCUUGGGUUGCUCUGGAUGUUAGACGCAGAAAGACACCCACUGUCAGAAGAAACAAUGGUACCUGCUUGUUGAUAGAGGGCUGUCCAUUUGCUCUGAAGGAAGAGGCCAUGCUAAAGCAACUUUUUCAGUUACUGUCCAUUCUGAGCCUCAGAAAAGAUCAUCUAACAUGAUCCUGGGUUUAAAUAAUAAAGAUGAUGAAUUUGAGGUGAUUUUUUUACUUGAUUCUGCUUCUCUGGAGUUAGCUGCAGAGCUGACCACUGGAAAGGCCCAGUGCAGAACAAUACUCUUGUGCUGCAAUAUUUAAUACGUGCAUAACCAUCUGUGAGAUAUCUCAAUUGAUUGAAGAUUGCAAGGCUCCUGAAAUGAUUUGACCUGUGAUGGAGGGACACUUCUGGGAAGCUGUUAGAGGACUUCAGCAGAGGGCAUCUGGUGUCUCUGCCCUCACCAAUCCUUGCCAAAGUCCAAAAUGAAUAAUACUUGGGCAUACAACCUGAGCUUUGUUGCACCUACAGAUCCUGUUGAGCCAAGGGCUGGACUCUCACGAAAUGGGCACACAAUAGUGGCUGUUUUUCUUGGAUUUAUCUUGGUUUUUGGUUUCUUGAAUAACUUGGUUGUCCUCAUCCUCUUCUGCAAGUUUAAAACCCUCCGUAACCCGGUGAACAUGCUCCUCCUGAACAUCAGUAUCAGUGACAUGUUAGUGUGCAUCUCAGGCACUACUCUCAGUUUUGCAUCUAACAUCCACGGUAAAUGGAUUGGAGGGAAGCAUGGUUGUAGGUGGUAUGGCUUUGUCAAUUCCUGCUUUGGCAUUGUGUCCCUGAUCUCCCUGGCUGUCCUGUCCUAUGAACGCUACAGCACUCUCACCCUGUGCAACAAGCGCAGCGCUGACUACCGGAAGGCAUUGUUGGCAGUGGGUGGCUCAUGGAUUUAUUCCCUGGUCUGGACUGUGCCACCUCUGAUCGGCUGGAGCAGUUAUGGAGUAGAAGGUGCGGGUACAAGCUGUUCAGUUCGCUGGUCCUCGGAGUCAGCCGAGUCCACAUCCUAUAUCAUCUGUCUCUUCAUAUUUUGCUUGGUCAUCCCUGUGGUUGUCAUGGUGUACUGCUAUGGCCGUCUCCUUUAUGCUGUUAAGCAGGUUGGAAAAAUCCACAAGAACGCUGCCCGCAAGAGAGAAUACCACGUACUGUUCAUGGUGAUCACUACAGUUAUAUGUUACCUCGUGUGCUGGAUUCCGUAUGGAGUUAUAGCAUUACUUGCAACAUUUGGUAAGCCAGGUACGGUGACUCCAGUUGCAAGCAUCAUACCAUCCAUCCUAGCAAAAAGCAGCACUGUUUGCAAUCCCAUCAUCUACAUACUUAUGAAUAAGCAGUUUUACAAAUGCUUUCGUCAGCUUUUCCACUGCCAACCUCCUUCCUCCAGUGACGGAGAGCCCACCUGCCACUCCAAGGUAACCGUUAUCCAGCUGAAUCAGAGGACAGAUGGUGGAAACAUGUUCAGUAAUGAGCCACAUCCAGAAACAGACAGUAAAAUGACUUCUCUCCUGCAGCCACAGGCAAGCCUGGAGCCAGUUUCAAAAGCUGUACCACCAACGUCUUAGGAAAAUUGGCUCUGAUGGAAAGCAUAAGCCUUAAUCAGACUGUGUUUUUGUUUCACUGCUAUGCCACCCAGCUAACCUUAAAACUAAUAAAGGAAGUUGCCAUUUGUGGGAGAGGAAAGCCGUCAAGUACAAAAAUUGGGACACUCUUUUAAUUUCCCUAAUAACAGUAAAGAUGGCCGUAUCACUGCAGGUAUGGUUCAUGAAUAAGAAAAUUUUAUAGCAGUAUCAUUGAUUUCCAGUAAGUUAGUUAAUGGAGCACUUGGAAGCGAUAGAGCUUUAGUUUUUAGUGAUCUGUGUGUGGAUCAAUGUCCUCCAGGAUCAAUCUAAAAAGCACACUGGGCUAUCUAGUUAAGCUCCUUGCAUUUCCUGCCUUGUUCUAACCAGUCCACGUCUUGGGAUUUCCAAUUAGGUUUCUCGCAAAUAACCACAAUUUCUGACAGCCCACCCAAGAUUUUGCUUAUGCUGGAUGAUGAUGCUUUGAAGGAGGAAAGACGGUGACUUGAUAGGCUAGUUUCUGAAUAUUGACAGGUAACUUACAGCCCAUCUUUGUGUUCAAGUCUACAGUCAACAAGUUGAAAGAUGAGCUAAGACCAUGAGUGGAGAUGAUAACAUACAGAAGUCUUCCUGUGCUACGGAGGCUUAUCUGUCCUGGUGGAAAUGGUGGCACUCCUGAGACUUCCAGGCCUGAUGCACAUUUCAAGUACCCAAACCCUUCUCUGGGGAAAACUAGUGGCCAGUGCUAGACUUUUUCUCACCACAGACUCCCAGCAAAGAGACCAAAGGUGUGGUCCAACCAGCACUCCCACAAAAACCACCUAUGGGUGAAAUCCCACAGCAUGUUGUGUUACACACUUGUUCUGUGUGAAGCUGAGGAGGUAGAUAUCUCCAUUCAGCUGUCAUAGCCUCCAAAUUUUCUCUUUGAGUGAUCUCCUGCUGCUUCACUCAAAACCAGAAGGUGGGAUAGCACUGUAUUAAAAACAGAAGUGAGGUAAGGCAGGGAGGGGCAAAAAAAACCCCAACCUUUUUUGAAAGUAAGUUGUUUUCUUUGUAUGAAUAUAGUCCUCACUAAAAUAGGGAAUAAAUGUAAUUGCUAAGCCUCUCUCCAUCAUUUUUGAACAAUCAUGGAGGAUAGGUGAGGUGCCUGAGGACUGGAGAAAGGCCAAUGUCACGCCAGUCUGCAAAAAGGGCAGGAAGGACCCAGGAAACUACAGGCUGGUCAGUCUCCCCUCCAUCCCUGGAAAGAUGAUGCAACAACUCAUCCUGAAUGUUAUCACUGAAUAUAUAAAAGGAAAGAUGGUUAUCAGAGGGAGUCAACAUGGGUUCACCAAGGGGAAAUCCUGUUUAACCAACCUGAUAGCCUUCUAUGAGUGCAUAACAGGCUGGCUAGAUGAGGGGAGAGAAGCAGAUGUCACCUACCUUGACUUCAGCAAGGCUUUUGACACUGUCUCCCAUAACAUCCUCAUCAGAAAGCUCAAGCAGUGUGGCUUGCAUGAGUGGACAGUGAGGUGGAUCAAGAGCUGGCUCAAUGACAGAGCCCAGAGGGUGCUGAUCAAUGGCACAGAAUUGAGUUGGAGGCCUGUGGCCAGUGGAGUUGCACAGGGAUUGGUUCUGGGGCCAGUCUCGUUCAACAUCUUCAUCAAUGACCUGGAUGAGGGGACAGUGUACCCUCAGCAAGUUUUUGGAUGACACCAAACUGGGAGGACUGGCUGAUUCCCCAGAAGGCUGUGCUGCCAUUCAGCGGGAUCUCAACUGGCUUGAGAGUUGGGCAGAGAGGAACCUCAUGAGGUUCAACAAGGACAAGUGCAGAGUCCUGCAUCUGGGAAGGAACAACCCCAUGUACCAGUACAGGCUGGGGGUUGAACUGUUGAAGAGCAGCUCUGCAGAGAGAGACCUGGGAGUCCUGAUUGAUAAUAAACUGAACAUGAGCCAACAACGU